AUGUGCACGAGCACAGACAGUGAUAGACAGGCAUACAUGCUGCGUAUGGCUCUGGAAAUCGUCGCCAUCACUCUUUGCAGUUGGAUAUGCGUGUGGCUCAUCAGUCGCAACGAGCAUGGGGGUGGUGAACAGAAUGAAGCUCUUCGGCUGCUUGAGGGAAGUUUGAGAAGGGCUGCAGUUGAGGAGGCAGACCUGCGAUCCAGGGUGGAAACUUGGCAGGAGAAGGCGGGAGUGGCUGAACUGGAUAAUAUUCGGCUCACUAAACUUGCUGACGGGUACGAACUGCGUGCCAAGACAGCAGAGGACUGUUUGGCAGACAUGCAGGAUGCAAGAAUGGAGCUGAUGGACGAGGUUGCAUUGAAGACAUCGGAGAUAGCGGAGGCCCAGAAGAAGCAGGAAAUUCUUGAGGCCUUUUCCAAAGAGCAGGCUGAGCGUAUCGCUGAGAUCACAAUCCAGCUCACAGCUGCCCAGGUGGAGUCCGGUCAGUCGCAAGACAAGGUGGAGCAGCUUCAAGCAGAGAGGGUGAUAAUCUCGACCAAACUUGGCAAGAUAACAUCUGGGAAGAAGAUCCCACAAGUGGUGGAGGUCAGGUCACUGCUGGCAGCUGCCGAGCAGGACAUAGCACACCAGAGACAGAAGGUGUCAGACCUCGAAAAGGAUCAGAAGAGCGUGCUGGAGAAAGCGGACAGUCUGAUGGGUCACGCAAAGCAGCAGAGUGACACCUUCAACCAGUUGCUGGACCGAUUGCAGGCUGCCGAAAGGCAGAUUGAGAUGUACCGUGCCAAGAUUCACAUUCUUGAGAGGAGUGCAGCUUUUCAUGGGCGUGGGUUUGAGAGCACCAGCAGCAUGGAUCCCAUUUCAGCUCAUGCACAGGCCACCAAGGGUGUAUCUGCUGAGGCCAGCAAACUAAGCGACAUUCCAAAAGAGCUGGACCCUGCGCAGCUGCCCAGUCUGGACACCCGUCAGGCUGAUCAUGCACCACCAGAAAGUGCCGGAGAGGCGCUUGUGGAGCUCGAUCAAAGCUCUGAACCCGACUAUCCAACAAGGGCUGAGACCCUUCCUCCUUCCCAGCAGCGUGAAACCAGCGACGACGGCCAACAUCCACAGGCCUGA